CACCCCUACAAUCUUAGCCGGCCGGCCGGCAGCCCCGCCCAAGAAUGGCGCGCCUCGCCGCCGUGGCCGUGGCCUUGGCCGCCAUCGCCGCGGUGGCCGGCGCCCAGGAGACGUACUACGCGUCCGUGGAGAACCACCUUCCUGCGCUGGGCAUGAAGCUGGCGUGCCAUGCGAUGGGCGGGUUCCUGACGGAGCUCAGCGUGGUGCCGCGCGGGCGCGUGCCCCACGGCAGGGCCGGGCGGCGCGUCGCCGAGAUGCUGGUGGAGCGCGGGAAGCACGGGUGGGUGCGCUGCAACUGGGCGUACGCGGGCAACUACGUCGCCGGGAUCACGGUGCUGGACUCGCGGUGGCCCGAGGCACGGCGGUGCCAGGACCCCGCCGGCCAGGGCCUGUGCCGCGUCGUCUUCGAGAACGACGCCGUCGUCCUCAAGACGCCCGACCGCGGCGUGCGCGUCAUCGGGGACCUCCCCGUCAAGCGCUGCCGCCGGCACUGGAUGCUGUUCAGCACCGGGUGCACGUACCCCGACCACCGCUACCCCUACGCCGGCCGGCGACUCGGGAGCGCCUUCGAGUACUUCGCCGUCUGAUCUCAUUCAUUCAGUGCUCUCUCGGCUAUGCAAGAUAGAUGAGGGGUGCCAACCAUUUGGGGAGUCCAAUUUUGUAGAUUUUAUUUUACAAAGGGCUUCCAAUAAUAUAUACAAUGCAGAUUGCAAACACAUA